AUGGGAAUCACAAACAUACAAAAGUACCAGGAGAUACCUGUGCUGAAUACGCACGAAUCCACGCUUCCUGGCCCCAAUGAGGGCCGGAUCCAGCCCAGGUCUAUAGUGGAGGACACUUAUCCGUUCAAACUAUCCAGGAAUUCCACCUUGACCGAUUUCUUGUACCAGAACAAGCUUCAGAGUGAAAGAAUUGCCGAGCAAACACCUGAAAUAUUUGACAUGAACGCGCAGGGCCAGAGUCCGCACACUCUGUGGAUUGGCUGCUCAGAUUCCCGGAUAUCCGAGUCCUGUCUUGGAGUAGCACCGGGUGAGAUUUUCACUUUGAGAAACAUAGCCAAUAUCGUGUCUUCGAACGAUGUCUCGACUAUGGGAGCGAUUCAGUUUGCCAUCGAGGUGCUGAAGGUCAAGAGGGUGAUAGUGUGUGGCCAUACCGAUUGUGGUGGAAUCUGGGCCUCUCUCUCUUCCAAAAAAAUUGGUGGAGUUCUGGACCAUUGGCUCAACCCGAUCAGACAUGUUCGUGCGCACAAUCUCAAAAGGCUGGCGUCGGUGUCAGAUCCUCGCGAGAAAUGUGCUACUCUAGCCGAGCUCAAUGUGAUCAGCUCUGUCCACGCUCUCAAGCGUCAUCCUUCGUUUACAGACGCCUAUAAAAAGGGUGACAUUGAGGUGUAUGGCCUGAUAUACAACGUUGGCACCGGCUUGUUGCACGAGAUUGAAAUUCCUGUUGAUGAUGAGUUCGAGACGGUGUUUGACUUCAGCGACGAAUCUGACGACCAUGCCUCACAUUGA